AUGAGUACCGCGACAACUGUGGAGUCCUACCUUCCGAAGGUUGUCAAAGCCAUCGAGGACCUACAAGCAGCAAGGAAGCAGGUAAGUCCAGACUUACUUUCUCCUCUAGUGUCUGACGCCCCAGCUAGCGAGCAGCUCCAUCAGCUCGAGCAACGUCAGGCAGCCGCAUACUUCCACAUAGUAGGCCUCAAAGAAGCGCUUUCGCUUUUACGGGAACGUCGUGCCUUAUUGCUUUAUCACAUCACAACAUCCAAUUCGCCGACGGACCAGGAAGCGUAUAGCAGGUUCGAAGAGAAGUACGGUGUGGAUCAACAUCAGGCCGACACUGAAGCACUCCUUCGUACGCUGCAAGACACCCAGGAAGCGGACAGCGAACAAUUCCAGACUCUCCGUAUUCAUCGACUCGCCAACUCCAUCAGCGAGGAUAAGCAUACGGAUACGACAGGGAUUGUGACGACGCCCCAGCGACAAGAUCGCACUGACGCAGAUAACGCCGCACGUCUACAGACAGUAGACCCGCAAUUGGACGCUGUGCAGCAAUUGGAACAUCUUCAGCUCACGCCCACUCAGACUAUGGGACAGUCUAGGAUGGUCUCCUCAUCAUCGCAGUACGUACCGAUCCAUUUGGAGAAGUUAACGUUGCCGCAUUUUGACGGGGAUGUCACCAAGUUCCAGCAGUUUUGGUGUGCGUUCGAGCUAGCUGUCCACAACGAUCCUAACAUCGACCCCAAUAUGAAAUAUCUCUAUUUGAUGAACUUGAUUAAGGGAGAAGCUGAAGUGGUUUUGCAGGAUCUUGAACCAGGUCGGAACAAC